CAGCCUUCACAGUCGUCAUUAAACCGCGAUCGGGUACCCAAUAACGUCCUUGUGAAGGCGGAGACCGCUUUGCUGACACGAACAUCACUACCCACUUUCGGAGACUUUUCUUGUUUACUUGGAGAUUGGAAGUUGCCGCAAUGGGAAGUAUUUGGAAUCAUUGCUUCCUGGGAUUGCUUGCGAUCAUCCUUGUGCUCGGGACGAUGACUGAAAACAUCGAGGCUUCACCAAGUCCAAAAGGACCCCCCACAGCUCCUAAUGGGUGUCCCCUGCUACCAGCGCCUCCUCCAGGAGGCUCCGAUACUGGAAUCCCGAAGACCUGUGAGACUGACAAGGAUUGCAGAGGUCAUCUAAUUUGCUGCCCAACUGGAGCCUGUUGUGGAACGUACUGCUAUGAUCCUCGACAUGGCACUAACCCUCACACAGGUUGAAUCCUGAAGCAACAUCAACGUGUGCACAUGAAAAUGACGACUUUCUAGCUCCAAAGAGGUUCACUUGCAUCUAACGUUCAUAUAGAUACAUACAUACAUAAUACAUACACACA